AUGCUACACAAGGGAACGGAAACCCAAGCUAGUAGCCAAGACCCAGCCAGAGAUGUAGCGCGACCCAGUACUAGUGCUACCGCUCUUACGACAAUUAUACAGUCCACUCCUGACACAAGACAAAGUAACAUCACCACCCUGACCCUUCGGGAUAAGCAAAUUAGUGAGCGUCAUCCUAGGGAAACUUUGCUAUUUACUGCCGUAGUGCAGAUAGAAUCUAGAGGACAACUAUUCGAUGCCAGAGCUAUUAUUGACUCUGGAUCGCAGUCCACCUUUAUAACAGAUAAACUCAAGAACAAAUUGAGUCUUCCAACUAAGCGAAACUUGGUACACGUCACGGGGCUUAGCCAGAUGGUAGCCGAAACUUCGAACAAAGCUUGUCUCUUUACUUUGCGUUCAAGCUUAGACCCUCGAUUUGAGUUGGAGGUUUGGGCGCCUGUCUUGAAGGCCCUUCCUUCUAAUUUACCACCACAAAACUUAGACCUAGCACAACUUCGGGAUGUUGCCAACCUUGAUUUGGCAGAUCCAAAAUUCUAUAUUAGCCAACCGGUUGACCUUCUAAUAGGAAUGGACAUAGGACCCCUUAUUUUUGACAUUGGAUCUCCUAUGAAAUCAGUCGGCACACUUUUGGCACAGAACACAGUUUUUGGAUGGAUCGUUGGUGGACCCAUAGCACAAGGAACUACAGGGGGUAACCGAGUUUCUCUGCACAACACAAUAUCGAUAGAGAAAAUACUUACACGUUUUUGGGAGGUGGAGGAGACCCCCAAAAAGAUUUUGAGGUCUGAAGAGGACAUGGUUUGUGAACAAAACUUUAAGACAACCACUCGCCGAAACCAAAAUGGAAGAUACGUUGUGACCCUACCGUUUAAAAAUUGCGAAGAACUAGGAAGUUCUAGAAACAUCGCUUUAGCACAAUUUUAUCGAAUGGAAAGGAAGCUGCAGGCAACGCCUGAAAUAAAGGAACAAUAUGAUAAAACUAUUCUGGAAUAUCUGGAACUUGGACACAUGAGGAGAUUAUCGGCCGAGGAGGUAACUAAGACUCCCAAUUACUAUUUGCCGCAUCAUGCUGUCAUCAAGCCAGAUCGACUCACAACGAAACUUAGAGUGGUUUUCAAUGCGUCAAGUCCUUCUUCGAACAAAAGAAGCCUCAACGACAACCUGUUUGCUGGACCCAUUCUUCAACAAGACCUUGUGUUACAAAUUUUGAAGUGGAGAUUCUUCAAAUACGUAUUCAAUGCGGACGUAACGAAGAUGUACCGGCAAAUUCUCCUAGACCCUAAUCAGACACAAUUCCAAAGAAUACUUUUUAGAAAAUCUCCAAAGGACCAAGUCGAGGAUUUUGAGCUCUUGACAGUCACGUUUGGAGUAAAUUGCGCACCAUUCCUUGCAAUCCGAACACUUCUUCAACUUGCGGAAGACGUGGCGGACACAUACCCCUUAGCAUCAAAGAUCAUUCAAGAGAAUCUGUAUGUUGAUGAUGUUCUGGUCGGGGCUCACACAAUUGAAGAAGCCAUCCGAUCUCGUAAAGAGUUAAUCUCAGCCUUUGACUCGGCUGGAUUUCAACUCAUGAAAUGGACAGCAAAUGAUCACAAAGUCAUUCAAGACUUACCUGCCGAUCAAUUGCUGCCAGUAAAUUGGCUUGAGCUCUCGGAGGACUCUUCAACCAAAACCCUUGGUAUUCGGUGGAAUAUUUCUGGGGAUUAUUUCACAUUCACACCACCAUCAUUAGAAGUCAGACCAACGUACACAAAAAGAGAGGUCUUAUCAUCCAUUGCCAAAUUGUUUGACCCUUGUGGUUGGUUGGCCCCAGUUAUUGUAAUCGCCAAGCUAGUCAUGCAGCAAGUAUGGCUUGACAAAAUAGACUGGGAUGACACGCUCAAAGCAAUAGCAUUAAUAAACUGGCAAACCUUUGUAAAAAACUGUGGGGAAAUUGAAUCAGUAAAAGUUCCAAGAUGGAUUCAGUUUGUGCCUUCGUGUCAAGUUGAAGUUCACGGGUUUUGUGAUGCGUCUGAGAGUGCGUACGGAGCAGCUCUUUACAUAAGAGUGGAACAUGAAGACCACAAGACAGAAACAUAUUUGCUCGCUGCUAAGACUCGUGUAGCCCCCAUAAAGAAAAUCUCGCUACCAAGGCUUGAGUUAUGCGGGGCUGUUUUAUUAUCAAAGCUUGCGUCGUCAAUUAUAGCUAAGCUUCAAAUUUCUAACUUCACAACUUACUACUGGACUGACUCAACAAUUGUUCUAGCAUGGCUCAAGAAACCACCUUGUGCUUGGAGCACAUUUGUGGGAAAUCGCGUCUCGGAGAUAUUGGAAAACGUCGGGGUUGAAAAUUGGCUGCAUAUUGACUCCGAAAGUAACCCUGCGGAUGUUGCCAGUCGAGGGUGCUCACCAUCUGACUUGAAAGGUCAUCAUUUGUGGUGGCACGGACCCCUAUGGUUAAAACUUCCGAAAGACAGGUGGCCAACGUACGAAGUUUUUAGUGACACGAGUUUAGAAGCGAAAGCAGUUAAAGUUUUUGCUACUACAACCUUUGAAGACCCUCUCGAAAGAUUCUCUUCUUUGUCUCGAGCAUAUCGAGUUUUGUGUUAUGUUUUAAGAUUUUGGCGAAACACUAGCGCAGGUCGAUCGCAUCUUAGAAUCUCGUCUGGGAAGAUUACCGCUGAAGAAAUACAAGACGUAAAGCAACGACUCUUAGUUAUGACUCAGAAACAGUACUUUGCUUCCGAAUACCACAAUUUAGAACAGAAAACUAAAUUGUCGCCCAGCAGUAGCCUUUUGUCAUUGAACCCAUUUUUAGACUCGAAAGGGGUUAUGCGGUCCAAUGGGCGUCUAGUCCAAUCACCGGCACUGUCAUACAAUGAAAGGCAUCCCAUUCUCUUGCCAUAUGAUGCAAGAAUGACUCAACUUCUUGUCGAGUUUGCACACAAAAUAACACUUCAUGGAGGCAACCAGCUCAUGACACGAUUAUUGCGAUCAGAAUUUUGGAUAUUUCGGUUAAAACCCCUUGUUAAGAAAGUUAUACACAACUGCAAGACCUGUAUUUUGUAUAAAAAGCACUUGCAAUCACAAAUAAUGGCGUCCCUUCCACCUGAGCGCACUUCACUCUCGAGACCCUUUACCAAUACCGGGGUUGACUUUGCAAGACCCUUUAAUAUUAAAAACUAUUCAGGUCGUGCUUGUCUGAUUACCAAAGGGUACGUCCGUAUCUUUGUUUGUUUUGCGACAAAAGCCAUACACUUGGAGGCAACAACCGACCUUUCUACACAAUCUUUUUUAGCGGCGUUUUCGCGUUUUAUUGCUCGUAGAGGUUGUCCGGCCUGUAUCUACUCCGAUAAUGGGAAAAACUUUGUGGGCGCCUCUGAAUUACUUAAAAAGGAUCGUCUAGAGUUCUUAAAGACUCUACAAAACCAAACGCUGCAGCAGAAUGUUUAUCAAAAUCUAGUUUGGAAAUUUAUUCCUCCUGGUGCCCCUCACAUGGGCGGCCUGUGGGAAGCGGGUGUCAAGUCUUUUAAAUCCCACUUGCGCAAGUUUAUUCCGAAAAUGAACUUUACGUUCGAGGAAUUGUCCACAAUUUUGACUCGAAUAGAGGCUUGCUUAAAUUCCAGACCGCUGAGUCCAGCCAACGACGACCCCAAUGACUUCUCGCCUUUGACUCCAGGCCACUUUCUUAUUGGUACACCACUUCUGACCCCAGCGGAGCCUGAUGUUUCAGAUCAGGAUGUCUCUUUUGCUAAUAGGUGGAAAAGACUCAAAAUAGUAUCUCAAUACUUUUGCCAACGAUGGAAGUCGGAGUAUUUGAAAGAAUUGCACCGCAGAUCCAAAUGGAAAUAUCAGCAGGAAAAUCUCGCAAAGGAUGAUUUAGUUGUAAUCAGAGACGAUAGGUUCCCUCCUACGGAAUGGACAAUGGGUCGCAUUGAAAGGGCCUAUCAUGGUACAGAUCAAAAUAUAAGAGUAGUAGAUGUUAGAACGUCAAACGGAAUAGUCACUAGACCCAUUACUAAAAUUGUCAAAUUGUUUUCCGCAUGA